AUGUUGCCGCUCUCUCUCACUUCAGAGCUCCUCACAGACGCACAGAGUCUCGAUCAGCUAUUCACAGCUCAAGCCAACGACUGCGAGGCGCAGCAAGGAGGGUCCGAAUGGCAGCAACCCCACGAGCAGCACGGGGAGGCGGAGCAGCAGCAGCAGACAGACGAAGCAGCAGCAGAUGCGGAUGCUGCUGCUGCAGCUGCUGCUGCAGAAGCAGCAGCAGCAGCCCUGGUAGACUCCCCAACUGCAGCCAAGACACCCAGCUGCUCCACUCCAGAGGAGGGGCCCCCACCCCUCAAGAAGCUUGCAACAGCAAACCCGUCGACUUCGCAGAUAGAGGAGCAGCAGCAGCAGCAGGAGCAGCAGCAGGCGCAGCAGGAAGAGGAGGAGCAGCAGGAGAAGCAGCAGCAGCAAGGCAAGGAGGGAGGGGGGGCCCCGAGGGCCCCCGCAGCAAACCCAUCAGACCUCCCGCCGCUGCUGCCGCUGCCUUCCAGCCCUCUGCUGCAUCCAUACGGAACGUUGAAUCAGCAGCAGCAGCAACCGCCACCCCCACCACUUCAGCUGAGCAGCAGCAGCAGCAGCAGCAACAAGGGGCGAGGCGGUGUGGCUGCAAUGCUGGAGCCGCAGACACCGCAGCCGCUAGCUGCUGCUGCAGGAGCAGCAGCAGCAGCAGCAGCGAGCUCAGGAGGGAUCUUAAGCAGCCCUGGGAGAGGGCGGCUGCUUCCUGCUGCUGCUGCAGCACAAGCAGCAAGCAAGAAGCCGUCGUUAAUGGGGCCUGCCCCCAGACAAUUUCUGCAUCUGCCCCCCCCACCUCCAGCUCCGCCCACAACCCCCCCUCCUCCUCCUCUUCUACCCCGGGCGCCGCCCCACUACCCGCAGCAGCAGCAGCAACAACAACAGCAGCAGCUGCUGCUGCAGCAAAUGCAGCACCUACAGCAGCAGCAGCAGCAGCAGUAUUCAGGGGCCCUACCCCCGCUGCUUCCAACCCCAGCCAGGCCUCGCGGUGUCGCACCACCGCCUCCGCCGCCGCCGCCCCCCGAACCUGCUGCCCCACAACCCCCACCCCACAUUGCACCUCCACCCCCACCUGCAGCAGCAGCAGCAACAGCAGCAGCAACAGCAGUGCCAGCAGUAGCGGCUGUUCCAGCAGCACCAGCAGUGCCUGCAGCACCAGCAGUAACUGCAACAGCAGCAGUACCUGCAGCAGCAGCAGUGCCAGGGACUGUUGCUGCAGCAGCUGCAGCAACGCCUGCACCUGCUGCAGCAGCACCGGCGAAGCAACCCCUCAUCUGCACAGCAGCAGCAGCAGCAACAGCAACAGCAGCAGCAGCUGCUGCUGCUCCACAGCAGCAGCAUCUGGCCGACAGCAGCAAGUGGAGCGUACAUAGACCCAAUGAUGCAGACAACUUGCUAUCACCCGCUGCUGCAGCAGCAGCAGCAGCAGCAGCAUCUCUGGUAUGCGGCUUCCCCUGCUCAGCAGCAAAUGCAGGAGCAGCUGCAGCAGCAGAUGCAGCUGCAGCAGCAGCUUCAACUCCAGCAGCAGCAGCAAGACCCAGCAACUGCAGCAGCAGCAGCAGCAGCACUCGAGGCGUGGAAUGGAGUCUGCCUCGACCCCAGGAAGACGGCGUAGCGACGCCUGCAGCAGCAGCAGUACCUGCUGCAGCAGCUGCUGCAGCAAGCGCCCUAAUAGUGAGCAGCAGCAGCAGCAGCAGCAGCAGCAGUCUGCAGCAGGGGCAAGAGGAGGAAGAGGAGCAGCGGCAAGGGAGACAAGGAGAGCAGCAGGCCUUGCAGCAGCACCAGCAGCACCAGCAGCAACAGGAGAACGAGCAGCAGCAGCAGCAGCAGGAAGAGCAGCAAGAGCAGCAGGAGCAGCAGCAGCAGCAGCAGCGACGGCUACCCCGGUCUCAAAAGAAGCAGCAGACGCGAGAGGAGUACCGCCGAAAGAAACGGCAGCAGCGGCCUGAGGAGCGAAGACACCGCAGAAAACUGCGAAAAGAAAAAAUUUUUGAGGGGCUGCAGACCUACGAGGAGAAGUCGGCUGCUAUGAAGGCGCACAAAGAGCGAAUGGAGGCAGAGAAGAAAGCCUUUCAGGAGCAUCUGGAUGAAUGCUUAGAGGGGGGGCUUCGGGUUUGCUUCAACUGCUCCUUCGAUGAAACAAUGAAAGAUAAAAUUCAGAUGCAUUUCUCUUCUUUUGUCGAAGGCAGCCCAUGCCGCGUGGCGUGCGAAGAUCUUUUCGCUGGAGCUUCGUGGAAGGUGCUGCGGCAUGGCGCUCCUUUCUGGGAAUGUUUUGCUGCUGAAGAAAUCGUAGUGCUGUCGCCAGAUGCUCCGGAGGAGUUGCUGGAUGUGGAUCCUUCGAAAGUUUUUGUUAUUGGCGGCCUCGUUGACAGAACUAUCAGCAAAGCUGAGGGUUUGGGUUUAGUCUGCAAGCGACUUCCCUUCAAGGUAAUACACAAAUAA